AUGAUGGUCCCCUUUAACAUUCCUUGCCUGGUGAAUCUAAAGCAGGAAAAUUCACCCAUGGAAGAGAAUCUCAUGUCCACAUUCCCGAGGAUAACGGAAGAUGAAAAUACAAGGAUUGGUGAUCGAUAUACAAGUGAUGUUAUUGCAAGAUUAAGAACACCUGAAGGUCGUGAUGAAUGGAUAUACUGCCAUUCCCACAUUCUUAUAAAAAACAGCAAAUAUUUUGCAGAUCGAUUAUCUGAAACCUGGCCCACAUGUCAGAUUCUUGAUUCUCGCAAUUGUGUUGAAGUCCAUUGUCAAGAACAUGACUUUGAUCACCACAUCACAGUCUUACGCCUCUUUUAUGUCACAAUCACAUGUUCUGUUACUGACAUAUGUCAUAAUGUCAAAAAUGCCCUUGGCAUUCUCCAGGUGGCAGUGAAUCUUGGCUCCCCAGAAAUUGUUGCCACCUGUGUAGACUUUCUAGAAGCAUCUCCAUGGGAAGAGGCUGAAGAGGAAGAGAUUUUGAAAGUUAUUCCUGGCAUUGGUUUGUUAGCAGAACCAGUUUUAGCUCGCCUCCAGCCUGUCAAUCCAGCUGGCAUAGUUAAGCUUUUCCUAUCAGCCACUCUUUUUGCCACGUCAGCACUCCCAUUGUCUAUGGCUGAUCUGAAAACUUCAGCUCAAGAACAGAUCGAAUACAUGCUUACAGAAGAUGAUGAUGCUCCAUUGAUAACAUCCGAUGAAGACAUAAAAUCCAAAGUCAAACAACACUUCAUGGAAUUGUUGACCAGAUUCAACAAUUUAGUCAACUCAUGUGAAACAGAGGAUUCACAAAUGAAUCAAUUUCAAUGCUUUUUAGUAGACAUGUCAUGGGCAUGUCAGAUAUUAACCAAGUUAGAAAUUCUAAAAGAUUUCGUGGAGAAUUGGGUCAAUGUAUCAGAAAAUAUAGUCAAAGCUGUUGACCAGAUAAGUCAACAAGGUGAAAUGCUUGAGACAAAAGUAAAAGUUAUCGAAGUAACUUCCAAGGUUCUAGAAGCAAUAGCAUAUGGAAACGUAAUUUUACCUACAAUAAAACGGCUUCAUAUGGUGAAAAUUUGGCUUCCUUUUGUGAGAAUUUUGAAGCCUUUGUUUGAUUCUUUAUCAAAUGAAAAUGAGUGUUUAGUAGUUAAAAUGGAUGUUGAAAUAUGGCAAUCUUUGGAAUCUGCAUUUUCUUCAAUAAUUCUCGCAUUGCCAGCUGGACAACAAGCUGAGAUUUUAAGUGAAUGGUUAGAAAAUAAACAUAUUCGAUAUCCGGAUCUUACAGAAGUAUUCGAAGUGUGGUGUUAUCGAUCCAAAGUUGCUAAUAGAAGACUUGCACAUAUAAAGGGCAAUAAGGGUAUUAUAAAAAUGUUAUAA